UGGCUAUCUCUCAACGUGGGACUGUUUUGGAAACUUUCGGCUGUAUUACCAUGGCCGCAGUAUUAUUACUUGCAUCAGAUGCUAGGGCUAGGAUUGUGCCUCAGCAGAGCUUCGGCAUCUGUCCUCAACCUCAACUGCAGCCUGGUCCUUUUGCCCAUGUGUCGGAUUCUCCUGGCCUUCCUCCGAGGAUCUCAGAAGGUGGCCAGCCGGAAAACGAGGAGGCUGUUGGAUAAAAGCAAAACUUUCCACGUAACCUGCGGCGUCACUAUCUGCAUCUUUUCAGUGGUCCAUGUUGCUGCUCACCUGGUGAAUGCCUUGAACUUCUCUGUGAACUACAGCGAGAAGUUUCUCACGCUCAACGCUGCCAGCUUCCAUGGUGAGGAUCCCAGGAAGCUCCUGUUUGCUACGGUUCCUGGAUUAACCGGAGUGUUUAUGGUGCUGGUGUUAUUCCUGAUGUCUACAGCAUCUACUUACGCCAUUAGGGUUUCCAACUAUGACAUCUUCUCGUACACGCAUAACCUCUUUUUCGUCUUCUACUUGCUGCUGAUGUUGCACGUUUCGGGAGGGGUUCUGAAAUACCAAACUAAUCUAAAAGAACACCCUCCUGGAUGUUUUAACCCCAACAUCACUGUUCAAAGGGACAGGGAAGAAAUGGACAGUCUUGAAAAUUCGCCGUCUGAACACGGCCAGCUUUCUGUCCCGCGAGGGUCAGUGGAACUGGAUCCCACCGCCCAAAACAGCUUCAUGGGAGUUUGUACAGAGGAACCAAAAUUCCAAGCACAUUUCCCUGAGACUUGGCUUUGGAUCUCCGGCCCGUUGUGUUUAUAUUGUGCGGAAAGGCUGUACCGCUACAUCCAGAGCAGUAACAAACCUGUCACAAUCACUGCUGUGAUCAGCCAUCCCUGUAACGUCCUUGAGAUACGGAUGGUGAAGGAAGGUUUCAGAGCAAGACCCGGACAGUAUGUUAUCCUACACUGUCCCAGUGUGUCGUCUUUGGAAAGCCAUCCAUUUACCCUCACACUUUGCCCAACAGCGAACAAGGCAACUUUUGGCAUCCAUCUUAAAGUCAUUGGGGACUGGACAGAGAGAUUUCGAGACAUGCUGUUUCUGCAUUCAAGUUGGGAUACUGAGAUUCUGCCCGUCUUCCAACAGAGGCGUUAUCCUAAACUGUACGUGGACGGCCCCUUUGGGAGUCCCUUCGAAGAAUCUUUCAAUUACGAGGUUAGCCUCUGCGUGGCCGGAGGCAUUGGAGUCACUCCGUUUGCAUCGAUCCUCAGCACCCUGCUGGACGACUGGAAAUGCUACAAACUCCGGAGACUUUACUUCGUUUGGGUGUGCAGAGACAUCCGGUACUUCCACUGUUUUGCCGAUCUGCUCUGCAGCUUACAUAACAAGCUCUGGCAAGAGAACCGACCAGACUUUGUGAACAUUCAGCUGUAUCUCACUCAGACUGAUGGAAUACAGGAAAUAAUUGGAGAAAAAUACCAAGUACUGAACUCACGACUUUCUACAAGGCGACCUUGCUGGGAGCUCCUAUUCAACGAAAUCGCCAAGUGUAACCGACGACCGUCGGCGUUUUUUGCUGUGGACCAAACAAAAUCUCCAAAGCCCUUCACAAGCUGAGCAACAGCAGCAAUUCUUACGGGACGAGGUUUGAGUACAAUAAAGAAUCCUUUAGCUGAAAUCCGCAGGGACUGAGAAGGACUGUCUGGAAAACUAAAGUGCAAUUUUUAAAAAAAGAAAAAGAGGGGGGGGGGAAAGACUUCAGAAUCUGCAGCUUUAGCCAGAUGCCAUGUACCAAAGAAUAGCAAAGGUAUUUUUUAAUUAUUAUUUGUUAUUUAUAACUAUUUAAAAACCUAGGUAGCAAAGGACACCCAAAAAUACAUCCUUGGCGAUUCUGCCCCAAACCAAAACAUUCUUAGAAGCCAACAGGCCAACUUUUACACCCUUUGAAUUAGCAGAAUACAGUUAGAGAUUCAUAGUUGCUCGUGCAGUUCGGUUCAAGAUCAAUCCAUGCAGUAGCUGAAAUGUCCUCACCAAAGGCUGCGAACCCCAGAAAUUGGGAUCGGCUGAAUGAGUGCUCGAUUGAUUGGACUGGAGAGAGAAAACCGCUUACAUUUGAAGUCAGAUUCUGCUCUGCACUGGCAAGUGAAUAAAAAACUGCUUUGAAA